AUGAAGUUCUUAACACUUGCCGCUUCGGUGACAUUAAUCUCCUCAAUCAAUGCUUUACCAACUUCCAUGAGUUUCUGGAGAAAUUGGUUUAAUUAUCCUGCAGAAUUGAUUGAAGACACCAUUAUUGAUAGUAUUUCCAAUUUAGAUAGUCACCAAGAAGAUUACAUGAUAAUUGAUAGUGUUAUGGAUGAAACCGAAUACUUGAGUUUACCCUUGAUUGAAACAGAAGAUUUACAAUCUUUAAUUAAUGAAGAAGGCUUGCGUUUACGUGCCGAAACUUUAUUUGGACUUGCUCAACAAUCAGUAGCUAAGUAUGACCACCCAACUAGAGUCAUUGGAUCCCCAGGUCAUUGGGCAACUAUUGGCUAUAUAAUAGCUGAAUUGAAGAAAUUGAAGGGUUAUUAUUCUGUUAAAACUCAAAGUUUCAAAGCACUUGAUGGUAAAGUCAAGUCAUUCUCUUUGUUAAUUGAUGGUAUUCAACCAAAGUCAUUAGCAGCAUUGAGCUUAACUCCUCCAACUCCAGAUGGUAAACCUGUUCAUGGUAACUUGGUUUUAGUUGAAGGGUUGGGAUGUAAUGUAUCUGAUUUCCCAGAUUUCACUAAAGGUAAUAUUGCUUUGAUUAAACGUGGUGAAUGUCCAUUUGGUGAUAAAUCUAAAAACGCUGGUGAAGCUGGUGCAUUGGGUGCAAUUAUUUAUGAUGAAGAACCAUUACACGGUACUUUAGGAAACCCUACUGGCAAAGAAGUUGCCACAGUUUCAGUUGCUACCAAGGACGUUAAGGAAUAUAUUGAAAAAUUAACUGCAGAUCCUAAACACAAAUUUGAAACCACUUUGUAUGUUGAUUCUUAUGUCAGGUAUAUUAAAACCUUGAAUGUUAUUGCUGAAACUGUCUUUGGUGAUCAUGAUAACAUUGUUUCUUUGGGUGCUCAUUCCGAUUCAGUGGCUGAAGGACCUGGUAUUAAUGAUGAUGGGUCCGGUACCAUCUCAUUAUUAGAAGUUGCCAAAUACUUGACCAACUUUAAAGUUAAGAACGCCGUCAGAUUUGCCUGGUGGGCUGCUGAAGAAGAAGGUUUGUUAGGUUCUACUUAUUAUGCUGAACAUUUAUCCCCUGAAGAAAAUGCUAAGGUCAGAGUUUUUAUGGACUAUGAUAUGAUGGCUUCUCCAAACUAUGAAUAUGAAAUUUAUGAUGCUAACAAUGAAGAGAAUCCAAAAGGAUCUGGUGAUUUGAAAGAUUUGUACAUCAAUUGGUAUAAAGACCAUGGAUUGAACUAUACUUUGGUUCCAUUUGAUGGUAGAUCCGACUAUGUUGGAUUCAUCGAUGCCGGUAUUCCAGCAGGUGGUAUCGCCACUGGUGCCGAGGGAGUUAAAGAUACUAAAAGCCAAGAGAAAUUUGGUGGUAAAGUUGGCGAAUGGUUUGAUCCAUGCUAUCAUCAAUUAUGUGAUAAUUUGGAUAAUCCACAUUAUGGAGCUUGGGUCAACAACACCAAAUUGAUUGCUCAUUCAGUUGCCGUCUAUGCAAGAUCAUUCGAUGGUUUCCCAAAGAGAGAACCAAAAACGGAUGUUGCCAUUGCUGCAACUAGUGAAUUAAACAACAAUAAAUUCAUUUACAGAGGUCCAAACUUGGUCAUUUAG